GUCACAGCUGUACAGACAGGAGAUGAUGGUGGCUUAGCUCAGAGUAGUGGAGGUGGUGAGGUACGACCGUGUUCUACAGAGAGUGGUUAUCCCUGCUGAUGGCUGCCCAGGGUGGGGCAGUCUUCCUUCCCUUCUGGUUCCAGAUAACUUUGCCUGCUUUUCCUCAAAGCAAAUGUUCUCUGGACCUGGAUAAAGAUUAAGUAGCUGUUGAGAGCUGUACAGAGUUGGGAAGAUGGCCUGGCUACUGUGAUCCCUAGUAUACGAAGAGUGAAGUGUCACUCACCACCCAGGCUUCCAGAGUGGGAGCGAUCCCCAUGAGGAUGGUCCCAGGGCCUUCAUAGGUGUCUGGGAUGUACUGAAUCGACCACCCUCAUUUUCUUUUUUCCCUUGUUCCCCCACUUCCUGCAUGGAGCUCCUGUUAAGGCCGUCCUCACAAGUGAUCCCAGGCUUCCCUCCCAUUUUCCUAAAGUCAUCCCCCCUUCCUGUGGAAAAAAAUCAGGUCUCACUCACCAGGUAGUGGCUGCAGGUGAUGAUUUUUUCUUCCUUCACUUCUUUUCUCAGCCUUGUUUGUGAAGGGGGAGCCCUUUGGUUGCAAGAGUAGAAUACAAGUGUUUGUGUGGAGGAUGGGGAAGUUCUAGCUGAUCUGCUUGUGCUGGUCCCUCCUUCAACUCCAUAAUGUAGUUGUUUGCUUUCCCCCAAGAAAGUGCCCUUCUUAGCCUUUUUCUUUGUUUGCUCAGUUUUAGAAUUUUUAUCUUUUUUUGUGAUAUCGGUACAGAUGACCUUCAGUCUGUCCCCAGAUCAGCCCCCUCUCCCAAGCUCUGCUGAUUUCUGCCCUCCACAGAGGCACAGCCACACGUGGCAUUUUGGACACAGUGGUGCCUCCUUAGCCAUCUAACCCUCCUCAGCACAUCAUUUCUCCUUCAGCGAGGAGGCAAGAUUUUGGAUGUUGAACAUCUGGAGGGGCGGUUUGAAUGCAGUGGAGGAGGGAGCCAGUAAACACAGCAGUGAGUGAUGGCAUUUCAAGUCUGACAAGUGCUUACGUGGCCAGGGCCUCUCUUUGAAAGCCGCCAGGCAUUGGUGCUUGCCAGGAAAGGAGGUUUGGAGAAUUUGGAGAGGGUCAGGAGAAAGUAGAGAUAACAGCAUUGCCGUCCUCACAGAGGGGGUCUUUCUUGAGCUGUUGGCAGGUGGGCCAGCCCCAGGGUGAUGGUUACUCUGAUGGGAAACUUUCUGACCAUUAAAAAAAUCCAUAUGCUGUGGCUGUGGUUGACGCAGUCUAUAUGUGUGUCUGUGUACACUCAUUGCUCAUAAAGUACACUGCAGAAUUGGUGGAGGGCUUGUGGGCAGAGGCCCUCUGCUUCCUUCCUAUUUGUCUUUGUUGCAGCUUCUGUUCAAGGCACAGAAAGGAGGAGGAGCAAGCUGCAACCAAGCCUACUGAGAGCAGCACAUCCCCACAUUGAGGAAACGGCUCUUAAACGGUGUUUGGGAUCCAUUUCUAUACUUGUCUAAGACAUUUGGAAGAAAUCACUCUCUUGUAAUUGAACAUUCCUGGAUCUGUGUAUUUUCUUUGAAAUAACCUCGGACUUCUCCAGACAGGUUAUGUCACCAGCAGAGGCUGCCCUGAAGCUCCCUGUGGCCCGGAGACUAUGUACAAGAGGAAUGGUCUGAUGGCUAGCGUGUUGGUCACCUCUGCCACUCCACAGGGCAGCAGCAGCUCAGACUCUCUGGAGGGCCAGAGCUGCGACUAUGCCAGCAAGAGCUAUGACGCCGUUGUCUUUGAUGUCUUGAAAGUGACUCCUGAGGAAUUUGCCAGCCAGAUUACAUUAAUGGACAUACCUGUGUUUAAAGCCAUCCAACCAGAGGAACUAGCCAGCUGUGGAUGGAGUAAGAAGGAGAAACAUAGUCUCGCCCCCAACGUUGUGGCCUUUACACGGAGGUUUAACCAGGUCAGUUUUUGGGUUGUACGAGAAAUUCUAACAGCACAGACGUUAAAAAUAAGGGCAGAAAUCCUGAGCCAUUUUGUGAAAAUAGCCAAGAAACUUCUAGAACUCAACAACCUUCAUUCUCUCAUGUCUGUGGUGUCAGCAUUACAAAGUGCACCCAUCUUCAGGCUGACAAAAACCUGGGCUCUUUUGAAUCGAAAAGACAAGACCACCUUUGAGAAAUUGGACUACCUGAUGUCUAAAGAAGAUAAUUACAAGAGGACUCGGGAAUAUAUUCGAAGCCUGAAGAUGGUUCCCAGUAUUCCCUAUCUAGGGAUCUAUCUUCUGGAUUUAAUCUACAUUGAUUCUGCAUAUCCUGCCUCAGGCAGCAUCAUGGAAAAUGAACAAAGGUCCAAUCAGAUGAACAAUAUUCUUCGAAUAAUUGCUGAUUUGCAAGUUUCCUGCAGCUACGACCACCUCACAACCCUGCCCCACGUGCAGAAGUACCUAAAGUCCGUACGAUACAUUGAAGAGCUCCAGAAGUUCGUGGAAGAUGACAAUUACAAACUGUCGCUCAGAAUUGAACCGGGAAGCAGCUCUCCGAGACUAGUCUCUUCCAAGGAAGAUCUUGCAGGCCCCUCUGCUGGCUCCAGUUCUGCAAGGUUCAGCCGGAGGCCCACCUGUCCUGAUGCAUCUGUUGCUGGCAGCCUCCCCACACCCCCGGUCCCAAGACACAGGAAGAGCCACAGCUUGGGCAACAAUAUGAUGUGUCAGUUGAGUGUAGUUGAGAGUAAAAGUGCGACAUUCCCAUCGGAGAAAGCAAGGCACCUACUGGACGACAGCGUCCUAGAGUCCCGCAGCCCCCGCAGGGGCCUCACACUCACCUCCUCUGCUGUCACCAAUGGACUCUCCCUAGGCAGUAGUGAGAGCUCAGAGUUUAGUGAAGAAAUGUCUUCAGGGCUGGAAAGCAGGGGACGUCUCUAUGCCACCUUGGGGCCCAACUGGCGGGUUCCAGUUCGAAAUUCUCCCAGAACCCGGAGCUGCGUCUACAGCCCUACUGGCCCAUGCAUCUGUACUCUGGGGAGCUCAGCAGCAGUGCCCACCAUGGAGGGGCCGCUGAGAAGGAAAACCCUGCUCAAGGAAGGACGGAAGCCUGCGUUAUCCUCGUGGACCAGGUACUGGGUCAUACUCUCAGGAUCCACCCUCCUGUACUACGGAGCCAAGUCCUUGCGGGGCACAGACAGAAAACACUAUAAAUCCACACCUGGCAAAAAAGUCUCCAUUAUGGGCUGGAUGGUGCAGCUACCUGACGACCCUGAGCACCCAGAUAUCUUCCAGCUAAAUAACCCCGACAAAGGCAAUGUUUACAAGUUUCAGACUGGUUCCCGGUUUCAUGCAAUACUGUGGCACAAGCAUUUGGAUGAUGCAUGUAAAAGCAACAGGCCUCAGGUACCUGCAAACCUUAUGUCAUUUGAAUAAGUCUCUGCGGGACUUGGCAUGACUUCAAAGGCUUCUGGGAUCCUUGGCCUGGGACUGGUGGAGAAGAGCACGCCCUGAGUACAGGCUUUUGGCCAGGAUGCUGGGAAAGUCACAGCCACUCAGACUCAAUGGGACAUGGCCUGUGGCUUCACAGUCUCAGAGGACUCCACCGGUUCGGGAUCCACCUGCCAACCCCCAGCGACUCUCAUGACAUGCACUCUGCAGCAUCACCUGGAGGGGCAGUGGUUGGACCCCAAACUGUACAUCUGCCCUCUCUGGGCCCUCGUCCAUGAGCUGCUUCUGCGACUGGAGAGCAUUUGGCCCACGUUGGGUUCUCAGUGCUCUCUACUGCACAAAAGAGUGGACAGUGUUAACCUGCGUGAGGGGCUGGAGAGGAGGAACAGGCUGUGGAACAGGCUUUUUACGCCCCAAGUGCACGGGGUCGCUCGCCCACAGGGCUGCCUCAGAUUUUGUACAACCCCCGAAGCGUCCUCUGCGUUCGUGAGCUGUAUAUGCGUGUGUGUGAGCGAGUGUGAGCUCUUUGAGAAACAUGCAUUUUGGCACAAGAGUUGUGACAUCACACACUUCAUUCGCAUUGAGGCCCUGUGUUCACCUUAAGUUAUAGCCUUGUCCACCAAGGAAGGUCAGAGUGAGAGCCCAGAUUACUUCUGUGUUAAGGAUCCCUUGUGUUCUUUUACUGUAAACAAACAAUGCCUUAAAUUGUGUCUUGUUUUCUGUUCCUAUGGGUGCUAUUCAUCUGGAAGUCCUGCUCCCUGGACCCCCCAGGUCCCUUGUUGCCAUCAGCCCUUCAAAGACUGGGCCCAGCUUCAGGACUGUGGACUGGGCCACUGGCCUGCUGGUUUCCUCCCAACCCCUCUCCCUGGCAGGGUCUGAAGGCCCUUCUCUUUUCAUUCCCUCACACCACGACAGAAUGGGAAGUUGUGACAUUUUCUCCAGCUCUAUCUGAAGUAAUUCAGAUGCUGCCAGGCUCACAGGGAAUGGCUGCACAGAAGCUAUUUUGCACCAACCUCUCCCUGUAGGGCGAGAUUUUUGCUCCCAUUAUCACCCCUUUGUCUCCACUGCCAGGGCGGAGCCCACUGGGAAUCCUAAUAUUGCUGGGGAGCUGAGUGACACUGAGGCCUUAAGCUUCCCCAGUCUUGCCCCCACAUGCCCCAAACACAGUCACCAGCAAGUUCUCCAUCAUCCAAGUCCAAGGGCAUAAUUAUUGAUGACCAUGGUGACAAGACAGCAAAGCCCUGGGGAGUGAAUGGUCCAAGCUCUACAUUCAUUGAAGAGCUGUCCACAUGAACAAUGUCCUUUAUCUGUCACCUCUUGUUAUACCUUAAAGUGACUUUUAUUUUGCACAGAUAUGUUUUUAUUCAAAAUGAUGAAUUACUCCAUCAUUAUAGCUUCUUUCUCUCUUUUAGUUUGGGUAUCCUAAUUCUGAGAAGGAAACUCUUAGUUUUCUGAGAGAAACUGGUAUUUUGGGCUCCUUGUAGCUAUCAUGGUUUCAGAACUCACACUGAUUGGGCAUCAAACUACCCUUAAGAGUUCCUAACCAAGAUGCUUUAGAACAACACCUAAACCAAUAAACUGGUAAUAGGUCAGUUGAAAAACUACCAAAGGACCCUCCAUUGUAUUUUGAUCAAAUGGUGACAACUUUUUGAAAACUUGAAUGAAUUGGUGAAGAAAGUAGUUGUUACCAAACCAUUAUUCUGUGGCGAAACCUUCCUGUGCUCAAUAACUUUUGAGCAAAGACUAGAGCACCAGGAGAAACUCCAGAUGGUAAAGUUGAUGCCAUCAAACCUUGGCCGUGGGUGCUUUGCACACCCAACCAUAGCUGGGGUCAGAAUGUAUACAGUUACAUUAUGCCAGUGACUUAUAAAAACGAGCAUCUAGUGGCUUAAUGAAAAUGCCAAACACUCCAGACACCUCUGACCAGAUGCAGUAUUAACCCUUUAACUUACAUUGAAUCUAAUUCUACAUAUAAACUUUUUUUUGAAGUCUUAAGUGUGGAUGAAAAUGCAAGACGGGAACAUCCGCUACUUAUUUUCCUUGGAUUGCUCUACUCUUCAAACUGUCCUGGUUUCUCACAUGAAAUACUAUGGAUGCCAAUCCAAAAACCUCAAAAUUUUGGGCUCUACUAAAUCAGAUAGUUUUCUACCCUUUGCGGAUUUUCUUAUCUUGCCCAAAUGCUUUCUUCUAAACCUAAUUUGAAUAAUUGAAAUUCUUCUCAAAGUGUUUAGUCUUCUCACGAAUUCAGACUGCUCCCACACCCCCUCCCAGAAACAUUCUUAGCUUGGACUUUUGAAGAAUCUGUUUAGACCUGUUGGAAAAGGCAUUGUGGGAUCUAACAAGAACCUUGAACGUACCAGAAGAGUCCUGCAGACGAAGCUGAAAUGUACUUAGCUCUCCAAGGAGGGGCUCAGGGGCAAGCAUGUGAGUUAAAGUGCUGAGUGUCUUCCUAGUGUUAACUUGUCCCUCAAGCCCCAGAUGAGAAGGCCUGCAUGCCUGGGACGGAGGGGGCCAGGCACAAGCCACAAAGGAGGAAAAUCUGUAGGUGGAUUUUCACUGUGGAGGGAAACAUUUCUGUCUUUUGCUCUUUGUCCAUAUUGCACAAAUGUUUGUGAAACCACUGAAGGAGAAAUAUCUUGCAUGCAUAUGCUGUAUCUUUUUUUAAAGCAAACAGAUCAUGGCACCCCAAAUGAAAGUUGUAGAAUGCUAUCUACAAACUGUGGAGUAGGCAGCUGGUAUCAUUAUGAUGUCCCAAGAACAGCUCGUUCACCACUCCCUGGGAGUAACUCUUUCACCCCUCACAGUUGAACUUGCUUUGUAACUCAAGGUCAGCCAAGUGCAUUCUGGCAACUGAAAUACUUCAUGGAGGAUUGAUUUGGUGGAGAGCAGUAAAAAUAUUGUUCAGAAUGAGAGAGUAUGGCCUCCCUUCUUCCCUUGAGUAGAACCCCAUUCAUCACCCUGUCGGACUGGAACUGGAGGAGGAAGACACUUGAAGGGAUUCUGCUUAGGAAAGAACCCACCCUCUUGCCAACUGAACUUAUAAAGCAUGUUCUUAUUAAGAUGGCCAAUAUUUCUUUCAUCAUCUUCCUUCCAACUCCCAAGCCCAAGAGAUGUGUCUUUUAGGAUGUCAUUUUACAAGUGGAAAAUUGUCCAUGAAAAUGGGAAGCUACUUUCAAGCAAGGUCUGUUUUCAUUCCACAGGUUGAGUUCAGAGCUCUGCACCCACAUUGCUAAUGCUUGUGAACGUUGCAAAAAAAAAACACAGCCUAAUUUUUUUUUUUGCAUGUGUGACACCAGAAAUGACUUUAAGGAGCCCCACAUCAUAUUGACAUGUUGAGUGACUUCAUAUUAAACAAAAACAUUACAAGAGUCCCUUUGAAAUAAUAGAUGCUCUGCACAAAACCAUUCAUUCACGUCUCUAAUGAGUGCUUCCUGUGUGCCAGGCUCUACUGGGGAUUUAAAUGGCUGAGAACAAGAUAGACCCAAUCCCUGCCCUCAUGGAGCUAACCACCCAAUGAACAAAUAAUCCCUACUACACGCAUCUCCUCUGGUAACACCCAUCCUCUCUCCUAGCAAUGGGUACAAAUCCUGUGCACACAUUCCUCCACAAAGGUUUGAGAGGCUCAACAGACUGAAUAGCUUCUUGAUCUGCAAGUUCAGUCGCAAUGAGGACUAGAUGGAGUUGCUGUCCUAGAGGCCGAGUUGGCCCAGAACAGCCAGGCACAGAGCUAGAGCUAUAGUUGGGUACACCAAGGAUUCCAAGGUGGAACGAGAGAGCAGGGUCAGAAUGUUCACAGUGUUUGCUUCCUAGUUCUUAAAAUUAUUAUUUCAAUGAGAAAUACAAGUACAGCAUGAGCUAGUGCAAGAGCUGCAUUUUCCUGGGCGUUGAGAACUUGUACCGUGAACUUUAGACCACCUUGUAUCCCUCUGCUGCUUGUAGCCUGUGUGUGCCAUGGACAGCCCCGAAAUCCCUGUUCAUAGCAGCAACACGGUGGAUCAUCUGUCCGUUUUAUAACCAUUGAUCUCUUUUGAUUUCUGAACAACUGUGACCAUUCAGUAAUGAAACAGUAGUAAUUAAUUUAUUAGUAUAGUAUAAUCUUUAAUAAAUUUCGUGCCAAAAUGCAUGGUUUUCCACUUAGCAUUCAAAAUGUUGCGUAGAGAGUAGUUUUCAAUUUCUUACAUAUUCUUCAAAGUAAGUUGAAAAUCAGUUUCUACAUUUUAAUUUCUUGUUAAAUCUGUUGCACUCUCCUGGGCUGUCUUUUUUUCCAGCAGACCCCUGCAUGCAGUUGUGUAAGGACUUUGUCUAAUUUUUGUGAAUUGUCUCACCUGCAAUAACCACUGAACAUCACCCCUCCAUGGGAUUCUUUAGAUUUUGGGUGAAGUAUUUUGUUACCUCAGUCUUGUAUCAAGUUGCUGUAUUUUUCAGCUUGUUACACUGAUAAUAAUUGUUUCACUAAUUAAAUACUUUAAUGUACAAACAUCUUUGUUUACUUUGAAAUUAAAUGUGUUUUCUAAUGAAUCUUGCUAAGUUUAUUGAAGUCCUGUGCAUUCACUUAGCAAACAGUUGAAGUGCCAGAUACAGACAUGAAGGAGACAUGGGGCACUCAGAGCCCAGCGAAAAGGAGACUAGAACAUAAAUGACAUGUAGGAGCAAUGCCCUCAGGACAUAGACAGUGCUGUGGGCACUCAGCGGAAGGAGCUGGGGUAUCUGGGGAGGCUUUAGAGUUAAGGAGACAUUUGGAGAUUCAGUUCAGAGACUGCAGAACACAUAGGGGGUGAGGGAGAUGGGAAGGAGCAGAAUGAGGUUGGGUAAAAAAGCAGGCAACCCAGCCUCAAUGAGCAAAGAGUUUGAGGAGUACUGGGAUGUAAGUCUGAAAAGGUAUGUUGGGGGAGCUCACGAUGUCAGGCAAAAAACAGAAACCCAUCCUACCUUGGUUAAGAAAACAAAGGGGAAUAUCUUAGAAGGGCUGUCUCAUGGAAGCCUGAGGGGCAGGAAGGAGAAACGAAAAGCCGUCAGCCCCCACAUGUCUGUCAGUUGUACUGUGGGGGCCUGCGUGUUGCUGUGAUGCUGGAAUCUAUGCCACCGGUAUUCAGAUACCUGCAGGGUCACCCAUGGAGGACAGGCUUCAGCUGAACUUCCAGACUAAGACAGACUAGGAAGAAGGACCCGGCAGUCUACUUCUGAAAAGCAUUAGCCAGUGAAAACCUUAUGAAUAGCAGUGGAACAUUGUCUGAUAUAGUGCUGGAAGAUGAGCCCCCCAGGUUGGAAGGCACUCCAAAGAUGACUGGGAAAGAGCUGCCUCCUCAAAGUAGAGUUGACCUUAAUGAUGUGGAUGGAGGAAAGCUUUCGGGACCUUCAUUUGCUGAUGUGGCAUGACUCAAAAUGAGAAGAAACAGCUGCAAACAUCCAUUAAUAAUCGGAACCAGGAAUGUGCAAAGUAUGUAGGAAAAUUGGAAAUCAUCAAAAAUGAGAUGGAAUGCAUAAACAUCGAUAUUCUAGGCAUUAGUGAGCUGAAAUGGACUGGUAUUGGCGAUUUUGAAUAGGCCGAUCAUAUAGUCUACUAUGCUGAGAAUGACAACUUGAAAAGGAAUGAUAUCGCAUUCAUUGUCAAAAAGAACAUUUCAAGAUCUAUCCUGAAGUACAAUGCUGUCAGUGAUACGAUGAUAUCCAUACGGCUAGGAGGAAGACCAGUUAAUACGACUAUUAUUCAAAUUGACUACAUCUGUGGAAAGAGAUGAUGGAAAAGCUCAGUAUCUUUAGUCAGAACAAGGCCAGGGACUGACUGUGGAACAGACCAUCAAUUGCACAUAUGCAAGUUCAAACUGAAACUGAAGAAAAUCAGAACAAGUCCACGAGAGCCAAAAUAUGACCUUGAGUAUAUCCCACUUAAAUUUAGAGACCAUCUCAAGAAUAGAUUUGACCCAUUGAACACUAGCGACCGAAGACCAGAUGAGUUGUGGAAUGACAUCAAGGACAUCAUCCAUGAAGAAAGCAAGAGGUCAUUGAAAAGACAGGAAAGAACGAAAAGACCAAGAUGGGUAUCAGAGGAAGCUCUGAAACUUGCUCAUGAACUUUGAGCAGCUAAAGCAAAAGGAGGAAAUCAUGAAGCGAAAGAACUAAACAGAAGAUUUCAGAGGGCGGCUCAAGAAGACAGAGUAUUAUAACGACAUGUGCAAAGAGCUCGAGAUAGAAAACCAAAGGGGAAGAACACACUUGGUGCUUCUCAAGCUGAAAGAACUGAGGAAAAAAUUCAAACCUCGAGUUGCAAUAGUGAAGGAUUCUAUGGGGGAAAAUAUCAAACAACGCAGGAAGCAUCGAAAGAAGUUGGAAGGAAUACACAGAGUCAUUAUACCAAAAAGAAUUAGUCGAUGUUCAACCAUUUCAAGAGGUAGCAUAUGCUCAGGAACUGAUGGUACUGAAGGAAGAAGUCCAAGCUGCUCUGAAGGCGUUGGCAAAAAACAAGGCUCCAGGAAUUGAUGGAAUAUCAAUUGAGAUGUUUCAACAAACGGAUGCAGCACUGAAGGUGCUCGCUCAUCUAUCAAGAAAUAUGGAAGACAGCUUCCUUGCCCACUGACUGGAAG